CGCGAUUGGCCCAGAACUCUGUCUCUCAACGCUCGGCGGGGGAGAAAAGGCGAGCGCCUCCCGGCGGCGGUUCUAGAACCAUCCAGCCGGUGGUGGGAGUGGCCGGCUGGAAGUGGAGGGUCACGCGCGGCGAAGUGGUGGACGUGCGGCGUGGGCGCCAUGGAACCUGGCCUCACCCCAUCCUCAUCCUCAUCCUCUUCGCCAUCCCCAGGGCCGUCGCGCUCCUUCAAGGAGGAGCUGCAGUGCGCGGUGUGCUACGACCCGUUCCGCGACGCCGUGACCCUGCGCUGCGGCCAUAACUUCUGCCGCGGCUGCGUGACGCGCUGCUGGGAGGUGCAGGCGGCGGCCACCUGCCCCGUGUGCAAGGACCGCGGGUCGCCCGGCGACCUGCGCACCAACCACACGCUCAACAACCUGGUGGAGAAGCUGCUGCGCGAGGAGGCGGAGGGCGCGCGCUGGGCCGGCCGCCGCCCGCCGCGCCUCUGCCGCCAGCACCGCAACCAGUUGAGCGUCUUCUGCCUGGAGGACAAGGACCUGCUGUGCUGCUCGUGCCAGACCGACGCGCGCCACCUCGGCCACCGCCUGCUGCCCAUCAAGGACACGGCGCACGACUUCCGGGCCAAGUGCAGGAACAUGGAACAUGCCCUUCGGGAAAAAGCCAAGUCCUUCUGGGCCAUGCGGCGCUCCUAUGAGGCCAUCAUCAAGCACAAUCAGGUGGAGGCUGCCUGGCUGGAAGGUCGGAUCCGCAGGGAGUUUGAUAAGCUUCGGGAGUUUCUGAAGGUGGAGGAGAAGGCUAUCCUGGAUGCCAUGGCUGAGGAGACCCGACAAAAACAUCUCCUGACUGAGGAGAAGAUGAAACGGCUAGCAGACGAUUCAGAGGCACUGUCCUGUGAGAUUGAGCGACUACAGUUGGAGCUGAAGGAAGAUGAUGUUUCCUUUCUCAUGAAACACAAAAACCGGAAGCGCCGCCUUUUCUGUACCAUGGAGCCAGAGCCUAUCCAGCCUGGCCUACUCAUCGACAUCAGCAAGUACCUGGACUCCCUGCAGUACAGAGUCUGGAGGAAGAUGAUCAUGUCUAUAGAGUCAGUACCCUUCAGCUUUGAUCCCAACACUGCUGCUGGCUGGUUGGCUGUAUCCGACGACCUCAACAGUGUCAGCAACCAGGGCUAUCGAGUGCAGGUGGAGAAUCCAGAGCGCUUCACUUCAGCACCCUGCCUGCUGGGCUCAUGCACCUUCUCACAGGGCUCACACAUCUGGGAGGUGGACCUGGGAGGGCUGCCCAGCUGGCGGGUGGGUAUUGUGCGCACUCGCCCGGAUGGGGCUGCUGAGGGCCAUGCACACAGCUGCUACCACGAUACCCGUGCUGGCUUCUGGUACGUGUGCCGCACUCAGGGUGUGGAUGGGGACCACUGCGUCACCUCAGACCCUGCCACGUCACCCCUGGCCGUAGCCAUCCCAUGCCGCUUGCGAGUAGAGCUGGAGUGCGAGGAAGGUGAGCUGUCCUUCUACGAUGCUGAACGUCAGUGCCACCUGUACACCUUCCAUGCCCACUUUGGGGAGGUGCGGCCCUACUUCUACUUGGGAGGCACACGGGGUGAGGGGCCAGUCCAUCAUAUGCGCAUCUGCCCACUGCGCAUCAUCAUCAAGGAGGAGCUGGAUGGCUGAGACCUCCAGCAGAGGAUGCCACCCAGCCGGUUUCACGCGGUAUCAUCUCUGUCCCCUUUCCUUAAGUUAUAUUCACUUUGGUACCUCUUCUCCCACCUGCUUCCUGGUGGGGUCUUUCCUGACCUCUUUUGACCUCCUGGCCUUUUGGGACCUUUCUGUUCACAUGGAAAACCACCUAGGAGCUCCCACCUUGGGGGUAACUUUCCCAAAUCCUAACUCUAGGAUUUCUGGGUGGUGUUUGUUUCUCGAAUGGGUUUGUUUUGUUAAAAUGUUUCUAUCUAUCUGCAAUGAGGCUAGGAGAGCACAGCCUCUGAAGAGAGUUUUGGUUAUAGUUCCCAUGAAGUAGGGUGACCCUACAGAUCACUUUGGAAGAGGAGACUGGAAACACCAGGAUCCAUUGGAAGGAAGGAAAACAGGGUAGGGGGAGCAUGGGCAGACAGGUUUAGUGUUAGAAUUGCCAGUAGGAUAAUUUUUGUUGCAGUUCACAGCUGCCCUUUGGGGGGGGCACUGACUGAGUUCUGGGAGAGUCAGGUGAAGGGUGGGGGUAGGGCUCUGAACAGUUAGUUUGCAUGGGAAAGGCCCACUCCUGUUGUAAUUUUUUGUUUUCUCCGGAAAUUAGUUCUGGUCAAGGCAUCCCCAGGUGCAAGAUCAUCAACAAUAGAGAAGAUAAUACAGGGAAGAUGGAGAACCCAGGGCACAGCUAAUUUAUUAUUAUUAUUUAAUCUGUUCCAAAGAGCCCCCAGGGGCCCCAUUGCUGUAAGUGGGAUCAUUUCACCACUUAGUGUUUACACUCCUUAGAUCAUUUCCUUUGAAUGAAGGCUCCAGAAUACUUAAUAGAAACUACACCUUAGACCUGCCCCUCUCUGGGUCUCGAAGAUCUUCAUCUGUAGUUCAGUUGGACUAGAGGCUUGAAUCCCAUGCCCCAGUGGCUAUGGAGACCAUUCCACUAGUCACUUGUAAAGCUGCGGGAAAAGGAGGGAGAAAGCCCUUCUAAGGCAGGAAGGGAGGGCAACAUGCCCUUAUGCAGUGGGGAGGGGCCGCUGCCUUUGCUGACCUUUACCUGCCUGUUCAUUCCUGUUUAGUUCCCUUCUAUGUUUUCAUCUAAAUUCUCCUAUGCUGGACCCAGAAAGGUAUACUCCUACCUUUUCUUCCUCUUAUCUGUCUAUGGAGAGUUUUUACUUGUGACUCACCUGCAGGGACAUUAUCCUAAUUGGGGGUCCUUCCAAAAGAAGGUUCAUACCCCCUUUCCUGUCGGUUCUAAACAGAAAUGGAGAAUUUUAAUGGGAAUGUGGAUCCAGGGCUAUUAAUUGAUAGUAAAUAUGUUUGCAAUUGGAUACAGAAAGGUAGAGGCCACGUAAGGAAGGGCGUGCCUCUUAAGGGACAUCAGACAACAAAAAAAAGCCACACAAGGCACUUUGCAAGCUGAGCACUUGUAAGGUCAGGGUAUAUACACUACAUAGUGUUACUCUGACCCAUCAGAAAUAUGUAUAUAGUUGUAUUGACUUGAAGUUAUUUUUGUUCGUUAAAGUAAACUAAAAAUUUUCUACUUUAAAUGUUGGAUGGUUUUUAAUAAGACAUUUUGUAUAAGAGCUUAGACUCACUUUAAAAAAAUAAAUAAAAAUGACAGUUUCAAGUGAAA